UAAAAAGCCAGCCUUCAGCCUGAGAGCUGUUGCUGUUACCUCACUACUGCUCACAUCUAUCAGCAGUCUCCGGGCGGGAAGAUUCCUUCUCUUUCCUCCAAGAAUGGAGAUCAAGAUACCUUCCCUGCCAAAGGACUGGGCGAUUUCCAAAACUCCUUUACUGUGGAAUUUAAUGUGACAGUCCAGUGAGAAAGCCUGCGCGCAGCGCCACCAUGCAGCAGAAGGCGGUAUCGCUCUUCUUAUGCUACCUGCUACUCUACACUUGCGGCGGAGUGGAGGCAGGCACACAAAAAUCCUCGAAGAAGUCCGAGGAGGACAGCGGCUCCGGGUUCUGGAGCGCGCUGACCUACAUGGCGGUCGGAGGAGGGCUCCUGGCCGCGGGGCUGCCCGUGCUGGGCUUCACGGGCACCGGCAUCGCCGCCAACUCUUUGGCUGCCUCGCUGAUGAGCUGGUCGGCGGUGGCGAACGGAGGCGGCGUGCCCGCUGGGGGGCUGGUGGCCACGCUGCAGAGCCUUGGUGCUGGCGGUGGUAGUGCCCUCAUGGCCAAGGUUGGUGCUGCUCUGGGCUACACGGUCCACAAGCUGAAAAGCAAUGGAGCAGAAGAGGAGGAUGAGUAGUCAGCCGCUCCCAGGAACACCCCCUCCUCCUUCUUCCAGUUGCAGUCCAGAGCUUUCUCUGUUACACUCUUUAGGGACAUAGGUAAAAACUUUUCUCAGAAAACACUUUGUUGCGGGGGAAUCACUGCAUAAAUUAUAUAAAUGUCUAACUACUAUGCUGUACACCUGAAACUAACAUAAAUAUGAUUUAAUGU